AUGCAAAUCGUUCUUUUAUCGAUUAAAUACUUUAACCCACACCACGCUUUUUCUAUUCUUGUGCUAUUCAUUGUCUUCGGGCUUUUCUAUUUCACGCACUCUGGUCUUAUCUAUCUAUCUAUCUAUCUAUCUAUCUAUCUAUCUAUCUAUCUAUCUAUCUAUCUAUCUAUCUCGCUCUCGCUCGCUCGCUCUAUCUAUCUAUCUAUCUAUCUAUCUAUCUAUCUAUCUAUCUCGCUCUAUGUUAUCCUGUUCAUAUCUAUCUAUCUAUUAGUGUUUUCGUGUCUUAACGUACGCUCCCUAUCUAACUUUCUUUAUCUAUCAAUGAAUGUUUGUCUUUAUGUAUAUAUACCUAUAUCUAUCUAUCUAUCUAUCUAUCUAUCUAUCUAUCUAUCUAUCUAUCUAUCUAUCUAUCUAUCUAUUCUAAUAAAUAUACAUUUUCUUUCCCUAACGGUUUCUAUUUCGUUCUCCUCUUUCUUUCUCUCUUUCUUUCUUUCUUUCUUUGCUCGUCUUCUUUGUUUUUUUGCUCGUCUUCUUUCUUUCUUUGCUCUUCUUUUUUUUUGCUCGUCUUCUUUCUUUUUUUCUUUCUUUCUUUUUUCUUUCUUUCUUUUAUUCUUUCUUUCUUUUGCUCGUCUUCCUUUUUCUUUCUGA